AAAUUGCUAUCCAAAAUUCAAUGAGUUGUUUUUAAUUCCAUCAACUUUCCAAACACGAAGCAGUUUCGGACGAAGAAAUUAAUUCUGUGUGCUAGAAAAUUCCUGACAUUGUUGUGCUGGAAUAUCGUUAGUUACAGCUUAAUAUUAUAAAAAAUUGCUCUGGUGUACAUUAACUACACUCAACUUCAGCUCAAGUAGCAACUGCUCGCUCAAGACAAUUCAUAUAACAAAAAAGAAAUAAUCGUAAACGCAUUCUGCAGCUUAUAUUAAUAUGUCGAACUUAUCGAAACUGGAAAUGACUGAGCCCCACCAACAGCGGACUAGACUUUUACAAGACUUUUUGAUACCUAACUUAGAUAAUGGAACAUUCCGAGAAAAACUCUUUUGGGUGAAUAGAGAAAAAGGAAUUUUCCGGAUCUCGUGGAAGCAUCAGUCAAGUAGUCGGUUCCGAAGUGAAGAUACUGAAGUUUAUAAGCAAUGGGCCAUUGUGAAAAGAUUGUGGAAUCCCUAUCACAGAAAAGCUCAUACAAUGGCGAAGCAACGGCUCAGGGCUGCGUUGCUUAAGCUGAAGCACGUCCGCUGUACAUAUAAAGACAGCGAAUAUAGAGAAUAUCAAAUAGAUAUCUCGCCAGAUGAAGCUUAUGCAGCUAAUACUUCAAGCAACGAUUCCAAUGCCCCAUGGCUUCACCCUCCAAUCAGGCAAUCUAGCAGUGAGACGGAUGAAUCUGAUCAGUCUCUGGACUAUUCAUAUGAAGAUUAUCUCGAGAGCGAUGAAUUUAUAGAUCAGUUUUUGAGAUCGAACUUAAUAAGUUUAUAAACUGUUCAGAUUGCUAAUUUUUCGGACAUUUGUAUAAACUCAUAUUUCAUUCUAAUUUUUUUUUUUUAUGGAUGUAUAUAUUUUUUUCAGAUAAUAAAAAAAAUCCAUGUGUGUGUGUGUUUUGCAAACAACAUGCACAAUUUGGUAAAUUUUACUUCACAUAGACAAGAUUGAAACAUUUCUUUAAAAAAAGCUACAGAUAAAGCUGAAUUAUAGUGUUUUGUAAUAUUGAUUAUAUAAUGUACAGGGUGAUUAUAAAAAAAAAACUAUCCCAGUGUAUAAGACCGUAACUAUCGUAC